GCACUGCCCAGCUGUGAGCUAUGGGACCUACGGCCGGGACUCACGGAUCCAGUGCUCGAUGAAGAGCAGCCCUGGUCUGAACGUGUUUUGGAUGAUGUGGAAGAGGGUCCUCUCUGAGGCUCCCCUUCCUGCCCCUUCCCUCUUCAGCGUAGGAAGGGGGAGUGGGAAGCGCUUCGAAUCGGGCUGGGACAGGAGCAGCAUGGAGGUGUGGCUGCUGGUGAAAAGCGUUCAGGUGGCCGACGGAGGUCGCUACGCGUGUUUGGUGUUGACCAACCGCGGUUACGCUGAGCGUAGCGUCAGCCUGAAGGUCAUUGCCCGGCACUCGGAGCCCAGGGUGUGGUCGGUCCCCGAGCGGAACAUCGAGGAGGACGCGGAGGUGACCAUGUUCUGCAGGGCGCUGGGAGGGUUCCCCCGCGGGGCCGUGCGCUGGUUCGACCAGUACGCCACCAACUGGACGCGCAGCGCCAGGACGGACGCGCGGGAGCGGGAGGACGGGCGCUUCGACCUGACGAGCGAGUUUCGCGUGCGGAGAGUCUCCUCCGCCUCACCUGGCUACAGGUGCUGUGUGAUCGGCGGCGAUGGAGACAAAGAGGGCGAGGCUGAGAUUCAUCUCGCGUUUCGUGAACCCGAAAAGCGGGUCCAGCGGUGGAGCAACAACUCGAUCGUGGCGGUCAUCGUGGUGGCGGGCUCCCUGAUCACGGGACUGCUGCUCCUGGCGCUGCUGCAGAGACGGCGACCGCGGCAACAGCAUGGAAGACAGGAAAUGGGCCCUUCGGUCAUGCUUAUGGGGAUCCCUUCAGAAGCCGAGUUAAUUUGUGUUAUAAUGAGGUAUAUAUGGAAGAAGAGGACAUCCAAAAUAAGGAAGAAGGUCCUGAACAAGAAGAAGAGGAGAAGACCACUUGUUAGACCAUUAAUCAAGACCACAACAACCGUGCGGCGUCUUCAGUUCUCAGUCUGUCCAAUUACAAAAGCCAGCAUGGUCAUGCGAUGACUUUGGUAAUCCGUCUGACCAAUGAUGAUUGGCAGCUGCCAACGUGAUGACUUCAGGACCUGCAUCGUCUUGUGAAUGGAUGUCUGGACACUCUGA